GUCCAUGUCUCUUUGCUCCGACUCACACUAUUGGUUUUCCCACUGCUGCUUUUGUGCUGUUACAGCCUAAUGCUGGUUGUCAAGUUCUCACAGCCAGCUGAACUAAAAUCUUAUAGAUCUGGAGAAAGUUCACGACAGGAUCCAGAGAGAGGAGCUGUGGUUUAUGAAGAAGUCUGGAGUAACUGAGAAGGACAUUGGAGUUCUUCAGGACAUGGAUGAGAGCUGGAAGACAGUGGGAUGUUGUAGGUGAAGUAGAGGAGUUGAAGGUAGAGGUGGGGAGUGCACCAAGACUCUGCUUUAAGCUUUUUCUCGAUUGACAGACUGACAGACGGGGAUCCCUGUCAGUUCUGUCAAACCUGUUGUCCGACUGCAAUCUCAUCAAGCCCCUAACUUUAAUUUCCUAAAUUUGUCGGCAACCUGAAAGAAAAUCAAGUGAUGUAGUUCUUCAAAAGACCUCUGUGGAAAGUUACAGGUGGAAAUUAUUUUAACAGAAGUUCAAUUUUACACCAAAACAUAUGUACAGCCUGGUUAAAUCUAAUUUAUUUUGAGUGGAUUUGUUUGUUUCUUUUUAGAAAAGCUAGACUUGGAUCCUGUUGCACCACAAUAGUAUCGUCAUGGAUGAUGAGAAACUUUCAGAACAAAUCCAGCUGUGAACAGAAGAGUCCUGAAGCAGACAGUGUUUUUUUUUGUUUGUUUUUUAUGCAUUUCUUCAGCUUAUGAACUCUAAUAUGAACUUAUGUGGAGCACUUUCUCUUUUUCUUGCUUAAAAGUCCAAAUGAACCACCUGCUUUGCUUCACUCUUCUCUGAUUGGUUGCAGAAAUCUGUAUCCAAAUUUCCAUUAAUCCUCUUAGAGCCUUUAUCCAAUCCCCUGCGCCGGUCUCCCCUCCCCUCUUAUCUCCCUCCCUCUCUUUCUCUGUCCACGUUUUUAAUCCAAGUGGAUUAUGUUGCAAAUUGGACGACAGUGAAGGCGAGCAAAUCUGCUGUGGACUUCCACGUUUACAACAACACAAAUGUCUGCAGGAGAAAUGAAGCCAAUUUAUCAUCCCAUGUUACGUGAGGCACAUUCGAAAAACCUGAAGAAACCAGCAACUUUUGCUUCAGUUUUUUCUCCUGGGACUUUUUUGGUAGAUUGCUAACUAAACCAUCAAGAUUUUUUUCUCUUUGUCACUUUUAAAAAAGCAAAUUUUUUAAGGAAGCCGGGAAAAGAUGACAGUCGCAACUCAGUUUUCUGCAGACAUGAUGGGGAGCAUUGAGGCUCAGAAGCUCAGCUCUACAAGCACCUCCAUCUCCUGUCUGAAGCCAACAUGAGGAGAUCCUUCUCAACUCAACUGACCCAAAAUAACUUGCAGAUCUUCUGUCGUUUCAUGAAACUGCUCUCAGAAAUUUGAAGGACUGAGGAAAUUUAACAGAUUGUCGGGAGAGGGGAUGGAGAGCAGGAGACUUGUCUUCAGGAACUAUUUGAGGAUUCUGGGGGCUUUCUGCUUGUGGAUUACAGCUGAUGCUCAAAUGAAGAUCCCACCAGAGACGGUGCAGCAGUGGGCUUCAGAGUUCUCUGUUCAGCUUCGGGAGUUAACAGUCAAGUAUUCUGGCUCUCUGCUGCUACAAAAGAAACUGAAAGAUGUGGAGUCUAUUGUCAAGAUUGUGGAGCUGAAUGGAAACCAUUUGGUGAGGGAGUAUGCCGAUGAAAUCGAGCGCAUGUUGGGAAGCAAGAUGAAGUCUGUGAAGAGGUUAGCAGAAUCUGCGGAGGAUUCUGACCUGUACCACGAAUACAACGCUACACUGGAGUUUGAUUACUACAACUCCAUGCUGGUCAACACUAUGGAUGAAGAUGGUAAUUACAUAGAGCUGGGUGGAGAGUUCCCCCUGGAGGAGAACGAACACUUCAACAACUUGCCAGUGAACACUCAGCAGAGCGACAUCCAGGUGCCGACCAAUGUUUACAAUAAAGAUCCAAACAUUCUCAACUCCAUCUACAACACAGAGGCCUUAAAUGAUGUCUUCAUUAGUAACUUCCAGAAAGACCCCACACUCACCUGGCAAUACUUUGGCAGUUCCUAUGGUUUCUUUCGGAUCUACCCUGGUAUUAAAUGGACUCCAGACUCCAAUGGUGUGGUGGCUUUUGACUGCAGGAACAGAAACUGGUACAUCCAGGCAGCCACAUCUCCCAAGGACAUCAUCAUCAUGGUGGACAUCAGUGGCAGCAUGAAGGGCUUGAAAAUGACCAUCGCCAAGCACACCAUCAACACGAUCCUGGACACACUGGGGGAGAAUGACUUUGUCAAUGUCAUUGCUUACACCGACUAUGUUCGCUACGUGGAGCCAUGCUUCAGAGGAACACUAGUGCAGGCUGACUUAGACAACAGGGAGCACUUUAAGCUGCUGGUGGAGGAGCUGCAUGUUAAAGGAGAGGCAAAGAUCAAGAAUGCCAUGAAGGAGUCAUUCAAGAUCCUGAACGAGGCGAGGGUGAACGGUCAGGGCAGCAUGUGUAACCAGGCCAUCAUGCUGAUCACAGACGGAGCCAUGGAGGACUUUGAGUCCGUCUUUGAGGAGUUUAACUGGCCUGAGCGCAGAGUUCGAGUCUUCACCUACUUGAUUGGCAGGGAGAUGACCUUUGCUCAAAACACCAAAUGGAUUGCUUGCAACAACAAGGGUUAUUACACUCACAUAUCAACGCUUGCGGACGUCCAGGAGAACGUCAUGGAGUACCUGCAUGUUCUCAGCCGGCCAAUGGUCAUCAACCAUGACCACGACAUCAUCUGGACUGAGGCUUACAUGGACAGUGUGCUUCCCAACACAAACGAGCUCUUCAACACCAAGGCUCAGAGCCUGCUGCUGAUGACAUCAGUGGCCAUGCCAGUCUUCAGCAGGAAGAAGGAGACGCUGUCUCAUGGGAUCCUGCUCGGUGUAGUUGGAACUGACAUCCCACUGAUGGAAGUGAUGAAGCUGGCACCCAGGUACAUGCUGGGAGCUCACGGCUACGCCUUCCUCCUCAACAACAAUGGUUACAUCUUGGCUCAUCCUGACCUUCGACCACUGUAUAAAGAUGGGAAGAAACUGAAGCCCAAACCGAACUACAAUAGUGUGGAUCUGUCAGAGGUGGAGUGGGAGGACAUAGACGAGAAGCUGAGGACGGCUAUGGUGAAAGGAGAGACAGGCAGCAGCACGCUGAGCAUCAGAGCUUCUGCAGACAAAGGGAAAAGACCCCUGUACCUCGUCAACAACUAUUUCUACACAGACAUCGAUGAGACACCUUUCAGCUUUGGCAUGGUGCUGACCAGAGGCCAUGGAAGCGUGAUAUUCAUGGGGAACGUGUCUGUGGAAGAAGGGCUGCAUGAUCUGACGUCUCCAGACUUGAGCAUUGCCUCUGAGUGGACGUACUGCGAGACAGACAUAGACCCCGAUCACCGUAAAUUCACCCAGUUUCAAGCCGUGGUGCGCUACCUGCAGGGGAAGGAGCCUGACCUGGAGUGCGAUGAGGUGCUUUUACAGCAGACGCUGUUUGACGCCGUGGUGACAGCUCCAGUGGAGGCCUACUGGAACGCCCUGAUGCUUAAUGACAGGGUGGAGCCGGGCGUUGAGACGGCGUUUCUCGGAACACGCUCCGGCCUCCUGAGGAUCAUGAGAUACGCAGGAGCAGAGGUCAGGGUGGCAAAGAGGUUCCUGACUCUGUCUGAUAAAGACAACCUGUUCACCAUCGAUCACUUCCCCCUGUGGUACCGUCUGGCAGUGGAAAACACUCCUGGAAAGUUUUACUACUAUCCUGUAAAUGACAAAGGAGUGAAGUACGUUGUGGCUACGACAGCAGUGACGGUGUCUUCUGGAGGAAAGACGGCCAUGGCCGGAGCUAUCGGGUUGCAGAUGUCCUUGGAUCUGCUGGAAAAAAGAUUUUGGGCCAUCGCCAAGCAGCCCAGCGACACAGACUGCUCAAACGUUGAAGGCGUGUGUCCGCUCAGCUGUGAGAGUCCUGAUCUCAACUGUUUCUUGGUUGACAACAAUGGCUUCAUCCUGCUGUCCAAAGAUCGGAAUGAGAUUGGCCGAUUCUUCGGUGCUAUAGACGGCUCCAUCAUGGCGUCACUGAUCAAGAUGGGGAUGUUUAAAAAAGUGUCUCUGUUUGACUACCAGGCAAUGUGCAAAAACAGUCACCAUCACAGCAGUAGUGCCCGACCUCUGCUCACCCCGUUCUACGUCAUGAUGGCUUUGAUAAGAUGGUUCCUGUCAAAUGCUCUAAUGUUCCUGCUGGACUUUAACUUCUGUGGUCUCUGGCACUCAGACUAUUUUGUAAAUGCCAAAGCUGGCUAUCACACAUCUCAUAAGCAGAGGAAGGUGGACGCGCUGCAGCCCUGUGACACGGCAUAUCCCGGCUUUAUGUACGAUCCGUCCAUCAGAGAGACCAACAGCCUCAUUAAAUGUGGACGCUGCCAAAAGAUGUUCGUGGUGCAGCAGAUUCCUGACAGUAACUUGGUUCUCGUGGUGACACAGGCUUCGUGUGACUGUUCCCGUCAGUAUGGACCAAUCGUUCUGGAUCCCAAAGAGAUUAAAUAUAACGCCACGGUGAAGUGCAACAGGAUGAAGUCUCAGAAGGUGCGACGGCGUCCAGAGUCCUGCCAUGCCUACCACCCAAAGGAGGAUGCUACAGAGUGUGGCAGGGCGUCGACCCUCUUCGCAUCACUUCUGGCUUUCACGGCCUCCCUGCUCAUCUCGUGGACCCUCCCCGGUUGGGCAUAAGCCUGCACAAAGACAGCAGCAGUGACUGGGAAUGCAGAUGCAUCCAAAAGAGACAGACUGAACAUGGGAAGAGUUCUCAGGUUUUCGUCAUGCUGACUGUUAGACUUCAUGAGGCUCAGUGGAUAUGGACUAUUUUUUCAUAAAUUAGAGAAACUGACUCUGAGUCAAGGUGGAAAAUCAGGCCGAACUGCAGCAGGAAGAAGCAGUUCUUUCUCUUAGACUGAGCUCGGUGCCAUCAGACUCAUACAAGAAUGUAGCAUCUUUGAUACAGAAAUGUGUGUGUGUGCAAGAACACGUUCACUGUUAUGAUUAACCACUUUUGCACAGUAAAAAAAACAGUUAUAAGGAGUGAGAUUUUUGCACAUUGAAGUGAUAUUUAAAUAUACAGACCUUGUAGAAAUGAUGAAAAAAGUGUAUUUCAAAUAUUAAAAGGCUUUUCAAUAA